UGUUGGACAGUUCGAAGAAUUGUAAACAACACCCAGACUGUCGGUCGUUUACGUACAACACUGAUCUGACAUGCCGUCUGCACUUUGUGAGACUUGCGAAAGCCAGUUCUCUCCCUUCAUUAGGAUCGCGCCACUACUAUGAUAUGACAGUGUAAACUCGUUGAAAAACACAGUUAGCAAAUACUGGUAUCGAGAAGGAAUUUGAAUACAGGUUUUCUUUAAAAACAUUGAUGCCAUCCAGUAGACCGUGGUAUACAUAUAUAAAGUGGUGAUAUCCUAGAGUCUAGAUUAUGUGUUGGAUGAUGCAGUAUCCCUCGUUUAUACUGAUGCUGCGACUAGCUGUUGUUCUGUGUUGUGUUUACCCAACACUGAGUGACGUCAAUCGCUUCAUUUGGAUCGACAAUCCUGAGCUUAGUGACGUUGCAGUUACAGACAGCGUCAUAUAUUCUGGAAAUAAUGUUACGACGGUGUUGGACUGUUCGAAGGAAUGUAGACAGCACCCAGGCUGUCGGUCGUUUACGUACAACACUGAACUGACGUGUCGUCUGCACUCUGUGAGACUUGCGAAAGCCGGUUCUCUCCCUUCAUUAGGAUCGCGGCACUACUAUGAUUAUGCAGGUGAAUGUCCAGUCGAAGACGGGUACGUACUGCUUCUACAUCUGAAUUUGUGUUUCAAGGUGUACCACGCAUCCAAAGCGUGGAUCAGGUCACUUGACCUUUGCAGAAAGUCAGGCUCCAAGUUGAUUGUCUUGGACACAGAAGAAAAACAUACGGCCGUCAGAGAAUACAUCAAAACAAAUAUUGAUGAGUCGUGGUAUUGGAUUGGCUUGGAUGAUAGAAAAACAGAAGGCGUGUUUCUCUGGCAAAAUGGAAACCAUGUCAGCUUCGCAAAAUGGAAUCCAGGCAGUCCAAACAAUGAUAUGCGCAAGCAAGAUUGUGUUGUAUUAGCUGUAAGUGGAAAUUGGUGGAACGACGUUCAAUGCUCUUGGAAAUAUAAUUACAUAUGCGAACAUUCAAUCUGAUUGAAUUCCAAGAUAACCAUACCACAGUACAGUAGUAAUCCACGUGAACUGAAAACGUAUAAUAUGGAAUACAAAUUAAGAGAUUACAUCUGUAUUGUUAUGUAUACCGUGAAACACUUUGUUGUUACAUACAUAGCAAUUAAAAUGUAUAUACAGCAACCAUAUAUGUGAUAUUCGGUUGCCUCAAUAGCUCAGAGCGCAUCGUGGCUAGUCUUCAAUUUGCGGGCGAUUCGGUGCCACAGGUUCGAGUCCCAGCAACGGCAUGGGACAAUUUGUGAGGCCAGAAAGGUUUUAAUUAUCCCCUGUACCAGUGCGUUAAUAUCUAUGUAUGUAACAGUUAACCUCGACAUACAUGCAAUAUAUAGAUAUUCAUACAUCAAUACACACACACACACACACACACACAAAAUUAAAAUGUAUCUACAGCAACCGUAUAAGUGAUAUUCGGUUAAACGUUAUACCUUCACGGCAGCUGUAAUUAUAGUGAAAAUAUAGAAACAGUAUUUGUUGGAUUUUUGUGUUUAUCAGGUCUUGUAACAAGUGCAACAAAUUCAUGAUUCGUAUGCCUCCAUUGUACAUUAUUAAAGUCUAAUUGUUGAUAUCUAUAUAUUACUAUCAUAUCUUCUUUUUUUUUGUUAUCGUUUUUUUUUUUUUAGAAAUGACACCCUAAAAUAAUAGCCUCCCUUUUUCCUACGUUUGAUGUAACUGUGGAAAAUAUCCCAAAUAAUUUCCUUAACCCCUGGUUAAAACUGCUAACAAUGCCAGAAGUAAGACCCGAUGGAGACAUGCCUGAUCUUUAAUUGAUAUACAGGGAUUAUUUUGUUUUUAAAAUUUUGAUUAGCGACAAUCGCUGAUCAAUUGAACAAUUGAUUCGCAAUUGCUCAUUUUGUGUAGCGAUUUGUUUAACAUUUAGGUUUAGUAUGAUAUAAAUUAAAUAUAAACAGAUGAUUUUAAACAACUUUUAUAUCAUGUAUUACUCAGUAGCCACGAAGAACGAUUCAAAUCCAGGUAUUCUGGAACAAUGUGAAAUUCAAUUAUAUCAGACGAAGGCUAGCACAAGUUUGGUGUCUUUGUCGAAACCAUCUCUGGAGGGUGGGGUCGCUUCCCAUAUGGCUGGACGUUUGGAUGGCGGCGAGUGGAAAAGAAUAUAUCCGUGGCAGGUUUUGGAUUACAGUUGGCCAGGACGCAGCCAGGCAAUUUCUGUGGUCUGUCUUCACCCUACCCAUAGUGGAAAAGCCUCGCUCCACGCCUGCAUUAGAUACUGAAACAAAUAAUCGCAUUUUAGUACUCAAAUGUACACUUUUUAUUUUAAUUAUUCUAUUCUAUUUAGUAAAUUUGCUUUUAGUCGUCAAUGUCAUCACUGUCAUCCGAAUAAAGUGUCUGUUUCAUUAGACGAUUCUCAGAUAUUGGGUGAAUAUUUCCUUGUAAUAAAUUUUAAUAAUUACAAA